AUGUCUGCUUUCUCGGAGGCGGCUCUGGAGCGGAAGCUGUCGGAGCUGAGCAACUCGCAGCCGAGCGUCCAGACGCUGAGCCUGUGGCUCAUCCACCACCGAAGCACUCGCGCUCAUCGUCACCGUCUGGGAAAGGAGCUGCGCAAAGCAAAACCAAACAGGAAACUGACAUUUUUCCUGGCCAAUGAUGUUAUUCAGAACAGCAAAAGGAAAGGGCCAGAUCACAAAAGACUUUGCACCGUCCUAGUGGAGGCUUUUAAGCAUGUUUCAAGUGAAACUGAUGAGAGUUGUAAGAAGCACCUUGGCCGAGUACUCUCUAUUUGGGAAGAAAGGUCUGUUUAUGAAAACGAUGUAUUGGAACAGCUUAGACAGGCUUUGUAUGGUGAGAAAAACCCACGAAAACGCACAUAUGAUCAAAUAAAAAUUGAAGACAACUGUUCAACACAAAGUUCUCCGGGUGAUCCUCCACAGACUGCAGAUCUCAUAAGAGCAUUACAAGAAUUAGAAAAUGCAGCCUCUGGAGAUGCAGCAGUUCAUCAAAGGAUAGCCUCAUUACCCAUAGAAGUCCAAGAUGUUUCCUUACUUAACAGAAUAACAGAUAAAGAUUCUGGGGAACAGCUUUCCAAGAUGGUAGAUGAUGCGUGUAUGUUGUUGGCGGAUUACAAUGGCAGGUUGGCAGCUGAAAUAGAUGAUAGAAAACAGCUAACACGAAUGUUGUCAGACUUUCUGCGAUGCCAAAAAGAAGUCCUCACAGAGAAAGAGCAAACAUUGGAAGAACACAAGCGCAAAUUAACCAGCGUGUCUCAGGUACGGAAAGAACUCAAGUCGCGCCUUCAGAGCCUUCCUGAUCUAUCAAGACUCCCCAACGUCACAGGAAGCCAGGUGCAUCUUCCAUUUGCUGGAGAUGUCUAUAGUGACAAUUGAUACUCGCACAUUUCCACUGGAGUAAGCAGUUGGUUGCGUUGAUUGAUAUUAUUUUUGUAUAUUUGUUGGAAGUAGCACUGAAGUGUUCUAAUUUAUCAGAAAUGUUAACUGUUGCUUUGUUUACUAUUUUACUGACAAGUGGUGAAGCAGGUACUAUGUAAGAGGCAGCGUCUGUGUCAUUAUGUUUAAAAAAGUGAUUAUAACUUUUGUACUCAAAUUGGUUAGGCCACACACUCUGUAGCAAGUUUUUGUUUCGUUUUGUUUUCUUAUGUGCUGUUUACUGGAUACAGUUGUAUUAAUUUAAACUAAUCAUAUAACAUCUGCAUUUGAGUAGCAGAAACUGGUAUUUUCAUUAUAACAGAUAACUUGUGGAACUUUGCUUGAAACUUGAUAAUAUUCAUUUAUCGUCACCAAAAAAUGUGUCUUAAUAUUGCAUCAUUAAAAAUUUUUGAAUAUAAAUAAUAUUUAAAAAGGAGAUGUUGAAUGACCAAAAUGACCUUAUUUAAAUAAAUUAAAAUACUGUAUGGUUUAGAAUUUUAAUUUUACAAUAAUUUUUAUUUCCGUGAAGAAUUGAUUUGUACAUACCGAAAGAGCAUGCGCUUGUACAGUAAUUUCUUUUCUAUAUCAUUCCAAGCAGACAAAUCUCAUCCUAGACUAUAUCCAGGACAUUAUGCAUUUCUAAAAAGUUCUAGAAAAUGGCGAUUGGAAGUAGUGGGAUGGUUAUGUAAAUCUUAGCCGGUACUUAUUCUUACAGUUUUUUAAAGUUUUAAAAUAGCAAAAUAUUUUUAAAAAGCACAGUCUUGUGCAUCGGUACUCAGAAGUAAAUCCCACUGCAUUCAAGAAGGCUUGUUCCAAGAUUAAGUGUACACUUAAGUGUAGCCACAAUGUACCCAUUGCAAUAACAGAAUACUAUAGUGUGAUGUAUUCAUUAGCUGAACUGAGUCACUUAUCUUUAAGGGUGAACUCAAUAUUUGUUCAAGAUAAUGACAAAUACUGGAACACAUCACUCUCACACCAAAAAAAUAUGGGGGGAAAUUGUUCUUGUAUGUUCAGACAGAUGAAUGCAUGCUCAUCUGGCUUCUACAGUUUAACAUAUACGGCCCUUUCAGCAUACGCUAAAAGCCAUAGGGAGGAAGGGAUGGCGCGUCCCAUUGGGAGUAAUGGGGCAUGUGCCUGUGGCGCGCACGCUGCUGCUCCACCGCAUGCACAAGCCCCAUUCAUUUAAAUGGGGCUCGAGCAUGCGUGGAAUUUGCUUUACGUGGAGGAGUCCAGAAUGGAUCCCCACGUAAAGCAACACUGUAUGCUGUUUGAUUGCAUGAACCACUGAUAGUUUCAAAUCCAAAAGUCACUUGUACACAUGAUCACUCCUGAACAUUUUAACAUAAGUGACUUAAAUGUCUGAUUCUGUGGCAAACUUUGAACUCGUGACAGAAUCAGAAUCAUAAGGUUGGAAGAACAUGAAAAGUUAGUGAAUGACUGAAACAAAUUAUUGCAUAGCAGACAUGCUAUCUUGAAUAUGGGUACUUAAUUAUAUAAUGGCUGCCUGGAUCAAGUGCUGGUAGCUCCAGUAUUUAAAGCACUUUGUUUACCAUUAUUUGAGUUCUUCUUCCUUAUAAUAGUAAUUUUGGUUGAUUCCAGGAUGGGAAAAUGUGGCCUUUCAGAUGUUGGACUGCAGCUCUGAUCAUUCUGUGCCCUUUGCUGUGGUGUCCAGUACUCAUGGGAAUUGUAGUGAGACAUCAUUUGGAGGGGCACGUUUUACCUACCCAUGGUUUACACAGAAGAGUAUGUCACAUCACAUAGUCCAUCCACUUACCAUGUGUUCCUUUGCUAAGUCUGGGCAUGAGCCAACUAAAAGUAAAACUAUUUAAGCGCAGUUAAUUUUGAAAGGGAGCAAUCAGUGGAGAUGAAAAGUGCUUUUACUAUUCACUAUGCUCUAUUUUAUUGCAAGGUAUUUUUUUUAAUUAUGAGGAAAAAUGUUUGCAUGUAUAUUAGUUUCUCCCCAAAAUUAUAUAACAGGUGUCUGGCAGUCAUCUCAGGCAGUGCUUCUCCCUCCCCUGACAGCAACAUCUGGAAACGGCAGGUUGCCAAGGUUUUCAAAGGUGUCGAUGUGGGGUAGGACCUAGUAUAAAGUUUCAUGGGUGAGGAACACUGUACUUCUUAAGUUAAUUUUAGUCCAUUUAUUUUAAAACUACAGCUGAUGACAAGAUCCAGAUUUAGCAUUUUUUUCCCCAACAGCAAGGUGCUAUUCACAUACAGAUUUGCAUAUAAUAAAAUGCAACUCUGGUUUUACUAACUGUGUCCACAAUCUUGUAUGGCUCAGUAUAUGGAUACAGCUAAAUGCUUUUCAAACAUGUUUGCUCACCAAGAGGCAUGGAAGAGCUAGGGCUGCACAGUACGUUGGAGCGGGGGGCACUGCAGGAGGAAGAAGGGAAUACCAACCUUCACAGCACCCCAAAAGGAUAUAGGUAGGCAUAAACUAACAUGUGCAAAUGCCAGCCACAUUGUGUUAACACAUCUGGCCAAACCACUUUAGUAUUACAUAAGGAUUUCUGCAUCUCUCUUCCUACUGAUGCAAACUUUGAAACCAUAGUUAAUGAGCUUGACUUGUUUCAAUAAACUGUGCCUAAUACUAAAUCAUAGUUCCUGAUUUGGACAUGACAAACAAAAAAACCCCACACAAUUAAAAUGGAAGCAAAAUCUUCUGCUCAUCCCAUCUUCUCAUGCAGUCUGGAAGAGGAGUUGGGUACAUAAACCCAAGGCAUGACCAUAGAUAAUGUUAAUGUAUACUUUAGUGCUGAAGUGCAUAAAGUGUGUUUCUCCAAAUAUUAGGUUGAGCUCCCAUCAAUCCAGGCCAGCCAAUGGUGAGAAAUACGUCUGGAGGACUUUUCUCACCUCUGGUCUAGAGUAGACUACUCAAUGAAUGUUGCUGUACAUUGAAGCAUUUGUGAUUGAGUUUCAUGUGUACACUGGAGCUGACUCUGCAGAGUGCAUUUACUGGAUCUUACCAUCAGAAAGGUGCACAAGUCCAAGGCUUUUAUGUAAUGCCAAAUAUGAGUGUGUUUAAUAACAUGUAUAAUACACAGAAUCACCAAUCAGUCUAAAACUGUAGGUACAAAACUUACCACUUUUUUCUUCCUCCUUGGAAAUCACUACUUGUUUUAGUUCCUCAAUACAUUUUAUAUUUUAAAAUUUGGUUCUUGUCCCACUUCAAUCCACACAACAUAUUUCCUGUACUUUAUAUUUAGGCUGCUUUAUUCCUAAAGUUAGAAUGCAUUAGAACAGUUCUACAAACUAAAUUCACUUGUUAUAUUUGAAACAAGUAAUUUUAAGACAAAAGGUCCCAUCCAUCUUUUACUAUUACUAUCCCUACUAUUUCCAGUGGAUUAAACUUGUAAUUCACAUGUUUGUUGAAGAUCCUUUUUGAUCUCUGCUAGGAAAGAAAAAGCUACUGAAACUCAUACAUUAAGCCAGUGAAUUUGAUUUCUGGCCUUGACCAGCUGCUUCUAAAACUAUUGAACAGCAGUUUGCAUAUGAUUGGACGGGGAGGAAAUUUCAAGAAGGAUCACACAAGCACAUUGAACUAGUUUUGCAGUUCUUUGAAUCCUAGCCCAUUUGCAUCAUUUGAUUAUAGUGAACAUGUUUGUGAAUAAUAAGUACGGUUAGCAUUGUAACUCCAGUGAGAAAUUCUGUUUUGUGUAAACAUGAUUUGUUAGUGAAAAUGGAUUAAUCCUGUAAUUUCUUUCCACCAAGGGGACAUAGUUUCAUACAGAAAAGAAUAAAAGCAAAACACAGUUGUGCUGUUGUAUUCCCGAGCUAAAA